AUGGAAUACUACAGCCCAGAUGACAUUCUACUUGGCGAGUCGAGGAUACAGGUUACGUUCAAGCACAAAAUACGGAACUUCGGGUUUCUUGGACCGAGACCCAAGAUCCUUCCGGAGAAUAGAAGAGUAGAAGUCCCGUAUUUCCUGGUCAGCUUUCUCCUGAGGAAUGGCCAUUGCGAGCUGGGAGAAGGCUUUCUGAAGGAGUCCCUGCUGGAGGACAUCAGGGCAAAGCCCUCUACAGUUGAUCUGAGGUCGGUGUGUCCCUACUUCUUCUAUCUGUACGCCAUGCUGCUUGGAGAGGGGGCAGGCCUGCCAGAGUUCUUCUAUGAAAGAGUGGGAGACUACUCAUCUCUUGUUCUCAAGAAAACGUUUUCUGAGGACGAUGUGUGGAGGCUUGAUAUGGUGGAGAGGAGCCUUGUUGUGGGCAGCAGAAGAAGGUUUCAGAGGUUCUGCGCCUUUCUUGUUGCUAGACACUAG